AAGAUUUCCUCCCACCCUCCUCUGCUGCUCUCUCUGUUUUCCCUUUAGCAGAGGGAGAGAGAGAGAGGGAGACCAGGGGGCUUAGGGUUCUGCAACAAGCAAGAAGUAAGGGAAUCUCCAUCUGUUCUGGUGUUGGGAUUAUCGUAAGCGGUUGGAUCUCUCUCUCUCCCCCUUUUACGCAUGUUUUCCCGUCCCACUUUCCUCACGGGAUCUUAUAUUCUAAGAGGAGAGGAGAAGAGAGGAGGAGGAGGGUCGAUCUGAGGAGUUUGGUAACGUUGGUAUCUUGAUUCUAGCUGGGUAUCAUCAGAAUCAUUCGAAAAAAAUUCUUGCUUCUUUCCUUUUCUCGUAGUUGGUGGUUUGUCAGUCCGUCGGGGAGAGUCAGAAAGUGGUUUCUCUCUUCGUGGAGGUGUUUCCAUGGCGAAGAGGGAGGCGGACUUGUGCAUCAACGAUGUGCUGACGGAUGACGAGCUGCGGGGGAUACUGGAGAAGCUGCAGAGCGAUGGGGACAGAAGCAGCUUCUCGCUUGUUUGCAAGAGGUGGCUGUCCGUGCAGAGCACCGGGAGGAGGAAACUAUGCGUGAGGGCCGGGCCGCUCAUGCUGAGGAAGAUGGCUGUUAGGUUCCCUGGGGUGCUGGAGUUGGACAUGUCCCAGUCGGCGUCUAGGUCCUUCUUCCCUGGCGUCACCAACGACGAUCUUGCCGUGAUUGCUCAGGGAUUCAGGUGCCUGCAGAUCCUCGCCUUGUCGAAUUGCAAAAAUAUUACAGACGUUGGCCUAGAGCAGCUUGGUAAUGGUCUUCCUUAUCUGCAAUCAUUAGAUGUUUCCAACUGCACAAAAAUAUCAGAUAAGGGAUUGUCGGUCGUUGCUAAAGGAUGUCAUCACUUAAAGUGUCUUAACUUAUAUAAUUGCAAAUUAGUUUCCGAUAAGUUGCUAGAGGUCCUGUCCAAACGUUGCCAUCACAUUGAAGAAUUGGUUUUGCAUGGAUGCUGCAAGGUAACAGACUCUGGGUUGUCUGUUCUGGUUGAAGGCUGCCGCCAGAUCAAGAUUCUGGACAUCAGCAAAUGCAAUAAAGUGGGAGAUGUCGGGGUCUCAAGCGUUGCCAAUGCAUGCAGGGGUUCCUUGAGGACUAUGAAGCUUUUGGAUUGCUCCAAAGUCGCAGAUGGUUCUUUGAUUUCCUUGGCAAGUAGUUGCGGUAAUCUGGAGACACUGGUAAUCGCUGGAUGUAGAAAUAUCACUGAUGAAUCUGUAAGACAUCUGGCUGUCACCUCUAAUGGCAGCCUGAGAUACUUGCUGAUGGACUGGUGCCCAAACAUUUCCGACAGCUCUUUGAGUUACGUCUUCUCAUGCUGUGUCUAUCUGGAGGAGCUCUGCAUUGCAUACUGUGACAAGAUAACAGAUGCUGCAUUCUCUGUUUUGAGCGAAAGGGCUGAUCAUUGUUUGAGGAUUUUGAAGGCCGCUGGCUGCUCUAAGGUUACUGUUAAUGGAAUCAGAGCACUAGUGGACUGUUGCAAAUCAUUGAAUCAUUUGGAUGUGGCCUCGUGCCGGCAUAUUACAAAGGAAGCCUGCGAGCAAGCUGGGGUACAGUUUCCUGAAUCUUGUACAGUUAAUUUUACAAGCAAGAGCCUCGUCAGUCUCUAUUGAUUAUCAGAAAAUUUGAUUGGGGAAAUGGGUUUCUGUCAAAGAUUUGAAGAUUCACCGAAUCACGUUACUAGUAGCUGGCUUUGUCUUAGUAGCUCAUCAUCAUGUGCAUAUCGCUGUUGAGGUUAUGCACUCCUAGGCAGCAGACGCGCGCCCAGUGUUCUGCCAUCAUUGAGUAUUGAUGUAUAUAUUUAGGCAACAGUGCUUUCUGUCGGUACCCUACUUACUGUAAGUGACUGAAUUUGCCUUGCCUUUGCUUCACAACAGAUGAAGAACCCACCAUUUAAGGUUUCAAUGGCGUGGAAUAUGACUAUUGAAAUAAGUGUGUAAGACUGCUCUGACAUGUCUUAAAUGACCUGCUUCAUUUGUAAGAUUAUUGUUUCGGUCCCUAGUGUAAGAAGGUAAGCCUCUUGCUACAUUCUUACAGAUAAUUGGCUAUAUGAAAUUCCGUGUUUUCUGGCUUGACU